UACGCUUGUUGAAGAUAUAUCUUGUUCGUGCUCCAAGUGCUCAAUAAAUUUCAGGAGGAGAAGGAUGAGCGACUUUGAGAGUGAUGAUGAAGUACACAAGGAAAAAGGUAAAGGCGAUAAGAAGAGUGAUGAGGAUAAGAGCUUGCUGAGCUUAAUAUUCUCCUGGUCCUUGAAGGAUAUUUUUAACAAGGACCUUUUUAAAGAUAAGGUUCAGAAGAUUCCAAAAGAGUUUGCAUCUGUGGAUUAUUAUUUAGGCUCAUACAUAUUUCCUUUGAUGGAAGAAAUACAUGCUGAUCUGUGCUCAGCUCUGGAGGCAAUUUGUCAAGCUCCCUUGAUAGAAAUAGAAUCAGUUGAAGAAAUUGUGUCAGACAAACAGUUAGGUUUCUGCAUUGUGGCGGCAGAUGGCAAUGCAGCUUAUGAGCCAAAACAAUCUGAUAUAUUUGUUUUAUCUGAAACAAGACCAAAGCAUAUAUCUGACUUGACUCGGAAUAGAACACCUUACAUUAUUGCUUCAGUAGUUAAAGGUGGAGAUGAUGAAGGCCUUCCACCCAAUCACUUCAUUAUUAGAACAUCACAAAACAAGGAAGUUAAAAAAUACAGUGGAAUGCAGAAGCAUAGAGAUUCACUUUUUGCAGUAUUCUUACUAAAUAUGACGACAUAUAAUCGCAUUUGGAAGUCACUUGAUCAAGAAAUCGCGAAGCAAAGAAACACUAACAUCAUCAAGAAGAUCCUACGUUAUGACUCUUCGAUGGCAGGAGAUUGUAGUUCAACUUCAUCUGAAGAAUCUUCCUAUUUUCAUGAUAUGAAGGUACGUGAUAGUUUACAACAGUUCAAGCUAAAUGAUUCACAGUUGACUGCUGUGUUAGAUUGUAUUUCAGCAAGACAGCGGAGGCAUAACUCCAUUAAACUCAUAUGGGGACCUCCUGGGACUGGGAAAACAAAAACAAUCAGUACUCUUUUAUGGACUCUGCUAGCUAAAAGAUGCAGAACACUUACAUGUGCUCCUACAAAUACAGCAAUUUUGGAAGUUGCAUCACGCCUCCUUAGGUUAAUCAGAGAGUUUUCAGAUGAUGAUGACUAUUCAUUGGGAGAUCUAGUGCUAAUCGGAAACAAGGAUCGGAUGAAUAUUGGUGAUGAUCUCUCUAUGGUAUUUUUGGAUAAUCGUGUCAAGAGGCUUUUGAAGUGUUUAGCACCACUAACAGGUUGGAGGCAAUGCAUAAAUUCAUUGACAUUUUUUUUGGAGAAUGCUGUUUCUCAGUACAAAAUAUAUAUUGAAACUGAAACAUUGUCUGAGGAUCUGCCAAGUGAUUCCACUUCUGAGGACAUCUUUAAAUGCAUGAACCUUGUGCCGAAGGUUAUAGAAACAUUUGGACAUCUGUUAUUCUCAGAAGCUGUCUCCGACAAAAAGCUGGAAGAUCUAUUUGAACUGACAUACCAUGAAGAUUGUGAGAUCUCUUUACCUGUGAAUUUGCUGAACAACAUACAAGCCAGUAAAACUACAACAUUUGAGCUACAUCAGACAAGAUAUUUCUUACUUAUAAUAUUAAAGUACCUUUCAGAACAUCUUCAUGUCCCAGCUUUUAUUGACAAACGUUCAAUCGAAGAGUUUUGUUUGCAGAGAGCAACCCUUUUAUUCAGCACCGCUUCUAGUUCUUUUAAGCUGCAUGGCAUGGAGAUAAAGAGUCCACUAGAGAUGUUGGUUGUCGAUGAGGCUGCACAGCUGAAAGAAUGUGAAUCAUUAAUACCUCUACAGUUACUAGGCGUACAGCAUGCUGUUCUUAUUGGUGAUGAAUACCAGCUUCCUGCCAUGGUUAAAAGCAAAGUUUCUGAGAAUGCUGGAUUUGGAAGAAGCCUUUUCGAGAGACUUUGUUCACUAGGGCAAAAAAAGCACCUUCUUGAUGUGCAAUACCGAAUGCAUCCUUCCAUAAGCAAAUUUCCAAAUUCAAACUUCUAUGAUAAUAAAAUUUUGGAUGGCCCAAACGUCAUCUGUAAGAGCUAUGAAAAGCAUUAUCUACACGGAGCAAUUUAUGGAUCCUAUUCAUUUAUAAAUAUUGAACGUGGAAAAGAAGCUACAGAUAAUAUUGGAAAGAGAUGGAAAAAUAUGAUUGAGGUAGCUGCGGUUUUGCAUAUUGUGAAGGACCUAUUCAAAGCUUCUCUUACUUCUGGGCAGAAAAUUAGUGUAGGCGUCAUAUCGCCAUACAAGGCACAAGUAGUUGCAAUUCAAGAAAAACUAGGAUACACAUAUGAUAGGUAUGAAGACUUCCAUGUGAACGUGAAGACCAUUGAUGGGUUUCAAGGUGGUGAAGAAGAUAUUAUAAUUAUUUCUACAGUAAGGUCCAAUAAAAGUGGUUCAGUGGGCUUCUUGUCUAACUCUCAGCGGACAAAUGUGGCUCUUACAAGGGCCAAGCACUGUUUAUGGAUUCUAGGAAAUGGCCCAACUCUAACUAACAGUGAGUCAAUUUGGGGAAGGUUAGUGCAUGACGCUAAAAAAAGAGGGUGUUUCUUCAAUGCUGAUGAUGACAGAGGCUUGGCUGAUGCAAUAACAGAUGCUUGUAUAGAGCUCGAUGAUCUUAAUGACUUGCUCAAUAUGGAUUCUCUGCAUAUUAGCAGGCCAAAGUGGCAGAAAUCCAAUCGCCCGUCAAGCUCGUUUUUCCGACGGGAUUCGAGCAGAGGAAGGGAUCCGGAUAAGAAAAGGUGGUGAAGGCUUGUGUUUCCUUUUGAUAUAUAGAUGUGAAGGACUUGUGCGUUCAUUUCAGCCAAUCUUAUUUGGGUUUCUUUGUUGUGUUGGCUUUAUAUUUUAUCUGCAUUCCUAUUUAUCGAGCCCAUUUGGGCCUGUUAGACAAAGCUCUGAUGUUGGAUUAAUGGAUUAGCCAAGGUUCAAGACGCCACCCAUCUUACAUGGCACUUUGUUUCAGGCACCAGGCCUCAUAGUUGUGCGCCGUUCUUAAGCAUGGUAGGGUGCUGGUAUUGCACUUGGAAGGGCGUAUGCUCAUGUCACUGCAAAUGUAAGUAAUGGGCAAUUUUUAACAAUGCGAUUGGAGGGGCCAAAUAACCCUCAUGGCAUUGGCUCAGACAGGUGUUUGGGUUCCCUGGCCCUAUUCAGCAAGUCGUUGAGGUCCUAUGUUAUUCUCGGAGCCUAUAAUGUCACAAAAUGCUUUUUUUUUUAAUGAAUCAGCUACCUUACAAUCUACCUACUGUACUACGUGCAUUUUGGGAUUGUUUUUACAUUGCAUUUGAGUGCAUGAUGGCGAUGCAUCUGGAAGUCAC